GGAACCCAGGAUGGGAGGAAGCAGGCCAGAGCCUUGGUGGCUGCAACUCCAACCAUGGUUUCUACCUUGCUCUCCUUGAGUGUCUCCCAUCUGGUCUUGUGGGCUACUGGAUUGAUCUUGGUCUUAGGCUUCCUCAAGCUCAUCCGUCUGCUGUUGCGGAGACAGAUGCUGGCCAGGGCUAUGGACAGUUUCCCAGGGCCCCCCACCCACUGGCUCUUCGGACAUGCCCAGGAGAUCCAGCAGACGGGGAGCCUGGACAAGGUGGUGACCUGGGCCCACCAGUACGAUUAUGCCCACCCACUCUGGCUUGGACCGUUCCUUGGCUUCCUGAACAUCUAUGAGCCGGACUAUGCCAAAGCUGUGUACAGCCGAGGGGAUCCGAAGGCUGCAGAUGUGUAUGACUUCUUUCUGCAGUGGAUUGGGAAAGGCCUCCUGGUCCUCCAGGGGCCCAAGUGGUAUCAGCACCGCAAGCUGCUUACACCUGGCUUCCACUAUGAUGUGCUGAAAUCCUACGUGGCUGUGUUCACCAACUCCACGCACGCUAUGCUGGACAAGUGGGAGGAAAAGGCUCGUGAAGAUAAGAGCUUUGACAUCUUCUGUGACGUGGGCUACAUGGCACUGGACUCCCUCAUGAAGUGCACCUUUGGCAAAGGAGACAGCAGUCUGGGCCACAGGGACAGUAGCUACUACUCGGCUGUCCGCGAUCUCACUCUGCUGAUGCAGCAGCGCAUCGAGUCCUUCCAGUACCAUAACGACUUCAUCUACUGGCUCACCCCACACGGCCGCCGCUUCCUGCGGGCCUGCCAGGCAGCCCACGACCACACAGACCAGGUCAUCAGGGAACGAAAGGCAGCCCUGCAGGAUGAGAAAGAGCAGGAGAAGAUCCAGAACCGGAGGCACCUGGACUUCUUGGACAUUCUCCUGGGGGCUCGGGAUGAAAAUGGGAUCAAGUUGUCAGACGCAGACCUCCGGGCUGAGGUAGACACAUUCAUGUUUGAAGGCCAUGACACCACCACCAGUGGCAUUUCCUGGUUUCUCUACUGCAUGGCUCUCUACCCCCAGCACCAGCAUCGUUGUCGGGAGGAGGUCUGCGAAAUCCUUGGGGACCGGGAUUCCUUCCAGUGGGAUGAUCUGGUGAAGAUGACCUACUUGACCAUGUGCAUCAAGGAAAGCUUCCGCCUCUACCCACCCGUGCCCCAGGUAUACCGCCAGCUCAGCAAGCCUGUCAACUUUGUGGAUGGCCGAUCCCUACCUGCAGGCAGCCUGAUCUCUCUGCACAUCUAUGCCCUCCAUAGGAACAGUGCAGUGUGGCCUGACCCUGAGGUCUUUGACCCUCUGCGUUUUUCCUCUGAGAAUGUGGCCAGACGCCACCCCUUUGCCUUCAUGCCCUUCUCUGCUGGGCCCAGGAACUGCAUUGGGCAGCAGUUUGCCAUGAAUGAGAUGAAGGUGGUCACAGCUCUCUGCUUGCUCCGCUUUGAGUUCGCCCUGGACCCCCUGCAGCUUCCCGUCAAGAUGCCCCAGCUGAUCCUGCGCUCCAAGAAUGGCAUCCACCUCCACCUGAAGUCGCUACGUCUGGGCUCUGGGAAGUAGCUCUGCUGAGAGCAGGGUCCCAGGCAGCCUAGACUGUGGCUCUCCCUGGACCCUACCCUCCUCAGGCUGGACUGUAGAAUAGCUGUGGCUCUCUGUCUUGGGAGGCUUGUAGUUUAGAAGGGAAGCAAGCACCCACAUAAACAAUCUCCCGGAGGGCAGUGCCAUGCAGGCAUAUGUGUCCAGAAAUGCUUAGUAUAUAUGUAUUCUAGAGCUUAUUCAUUCAUUCAGCAAACAUAUGGUGAACACCUACUUGUUUCUGGAAUCUUCCUUUAUCUCCUAUAAUUGGCAAUAUUUCUAGAAUAUAGCAGAAACUUAUAUGCCAGUUGUGGUGACACAAUGAAUACAAUGGAAGCUGUGUCUUGGGCUUCAUGAUUAUGAUCAGUCUCUCAUGUACUCCCUAUGAAAGAGGGAUGGCUUUUGGGCUUUCCCCUUCACUGAGAUAUAUGUCUCUGCUUGA